GAAAGAAAGGCUGUCCUGUGGAGUGUUUUACUUAGAUACGAAACCGUGCAAAAAGAACAACACUUUUGCCUCAAAAGCAUCGUGAUGUAAUGCGUUUUUGACUACGAGAAGGUUGUUUAAGCCGAACAGGAAGUCUCGACAGCCAAGUAAUCUGUUUUCGAGACUCCUUGAGGCUUGCUGUUUUGGUUUUUUUUGACAGAUAAGUUAGAGUUUCAUGAAGCUGCCCGCAUUCGGCUUAGCUGAAGCGGGUAGGUUCGAAUCGAAGUUCAGCCAAGAUAGGCUGCAAGUCUAGUGUUCUUAUGGGAGGCAUACACUCAAAUCGAAGGCCUUCUUACGAUGUGAAUGGAGAAGUUGACUUCGACCACUUUCAAAUUCUCCGUGCCAUCGGCAAAGGUGCAUUUGGGAAGGUAUGUAUUGUACAGAAGAAGGACACAAAGGCCAUGUACGCCAUGAAGUACAUGAAUAAAUACGCUUGCCUGAAGAAAGAUGCUGUGCGUAAUGUCCUCCGUGAACUGGAUAUCCUUCAACAAAUCGAACAUCCUUUCAUCGUAAAUCUAUGGUUUGCUUUCCAAGACGAAGAGGAUAUGUUUAUGGUAGUAGAUUUACUUCUUGGCGGAGAUAUUCGCUACCAUCUUCAACAGGGAAUGAAAGUAGACGAGAAAAGAGUUAUACUCUAUAUAUGUGAACUAGGCCUUGCUCUUGGAUAUCUCCGGAAAAAAAGAAUUAUUCACAGAGAUGUAAAGCCUGACAAUAUUUUGCUAGACGAAAAAGGACAUGUUCAUCUUACAGACUUCAACAUAGCAACUGUACUAGAGGAAGGAACAUUAGCGACCUCCAUGUCUGGGACCAAGCCGUAUAUGGCUCCAGAGAUAUUCCAAACAGCCUGUAAUGAGACCCAGGGUUAUGGGUUUGCAGUGGACUGGUGGAGUUUGGGUAUCUGCGCUUAUGAAAUGCUGAGGGGAAGGAGGCCAUACGAAAUCCAUGCCAAUACAAGCAUACAAGAUGUAAAUCAGAUGUUCUCUUCUGAAUCAAUAUUUUAUUUAAAUGGCUGGUCCAAACCCAUCAUCAGUAUUCUUCAGAAGCUUCUUCAACAGGAUCCAAAGUUCAGGUUAAGUAACCUUGAAAGUCUAAAAGAACAAGAAAUGAUGGAAGAUGUCAACUGGGAUGAUGUAUAUAAUAAAAAUGUCAAACCCUCCUUCGUACCACCGAAAGAUCAUUUAAACUGUGAUCCAACAUAUGAACUAGAAGAGAUGAUUAUAGAAUCUAAACCACUUCAUAAGAAGAAAAAGAGACUAGCAAAGAUGACAAGCAAAAUGUAAUAGAGAAAAUAAAAUUUUAAAAGAAAUAAAGCAACCAAGUACAGAAAAUUUAAAUGGUAAUGGUCCAGAUAAGGGUACUAAACCUGCAGCUAAUGAUGUUGAUCAAGAAAACAAGCAACAAGGGGAUUCAAAUACAGUAGCAGUUAGUGGUUGAUGACUAGUUUAAACAAUGUGUUGCAUGUAGAGAGGUAUGCCGCCUGCCAUAUGGAUUAGUAUAAAGUACUACUAGGUGUGACAGUAGAGCUGUUUUCGUAUGACUGUGAAAAGCUCAGUGCCGUUAGCGUGGCGUGUCGUGACCCUGAUGCUUUCUAGAAUUUAAUUGGCUGAUUUCCUUCACAAGCAAUGUGAUUGGUCUGGCAUUGAUGUGAUCUUGGCAUGACCGUGUCCACGCCAUGUUCAUGCUAUGUUUUGGGUACUUGAUUGGAUGGAGAGUAAUUUAAAUACUCGUGCAAUGUGAUUGGUCUGGCGUAUUCCUUGCCGUGUCAUGACCGUGUUGGUGCCGUGAACUUUUCAUGGUCAUACGAAAACUGCUCUAGUGUGUGUGUGAUGUUUGACAUUUUAUCUUAUCGUUAAAUUUUACAGUCUAGCCUUGGUUAACAAUUAUUGUGCUCCUUCUUCGUGUACCGGAGAAAAAUUUACAUGUUGAUUCAAUAAAAACAAAACACCUCAAGUUAAAGUAAUAACAUUGCCUCAAGGUAUUAUCAUAAUAAAUACAUGCAGGAAUGUUUAUUCAAUCUAAUAUAAAUUAUGUUACAUACAAAUGAAAUGUUAAAGACGCUCGUUAAUUAACGCCAAAUACAGUUAUCCAUUAACUAAUUAUUAUUAUUUCUUAAUUAAUCAACUAAUCACCUCCAAAUCCCAUGCCAUUUCAUGGACAGUUCGGUUCGAAUAUUUCUUACAUCCAUCACAAUUAUUUAUUUGGAUAGUGUGAUGAUAAUAUAAUUAAUAAAUACAGGGGUGGAUCAAGGGGAGGGGUGCAGGGGGUGCCCGUCCCUCCCUGGUUCGACUUUGUGCC